AUGAACGCCUCCGAUCCCGUCGACGUGGCCGAAGUUGCCAAGUCCAAAGCCGUCUCUCAGGUCGGUAUCAAUGAAAAGGAUGAGUUAAGCAUUGAGCAGGCUCCUGUUCAGCAGGGAACCUUUUACACUGAGGAAGAUAAGACCGGCAGGGAGUAUCCCAGUGAUGAGGAUCUCCGCGACCUGCGCCGAGUCGCUGGCAAGGUUCCAUGGCCUGCAUACACCAUCGCCUUUGUGGAACUGUGCGAGCGAUUCUCUUACUACGGAACUACUGCUGUUUUCGUCAAUUUCAUUCAACGCCCUCUGCCUGACGGAUCUACCACUGGCGCUCUAGUCCCAGGCUCCGAUUUCAGCAAUGGUGUACCCGGUGCCCUCGGCAUGGGUCAACAAGCCUCCACUGGGUUAACAUUAUUCAAUUCCUUCUGGUCUUAUAUCAUGCCUUUGUUUGGUGCUAUGGUUGCUGAUCAAUAUUGGGGUCGAUUCCGCACCAUCUUUACGUCCAUUGGUUGUGCUUUGGUCGGCCACACUAUUCUCAUCAUCUCCGCCAUUCCUCAGAUCAUCGCUAGCCCCAAUGGCUCCAUUGCAUGCUUCUCCAUCGGUCUGAUCAUCAUGGGUGUUGGUACUGGUGGUUUCAAGUCCAACAUCUCCCCUCUCAUUGCGGAACAGUACCGUGAAGAGAAGCCUUACAUCCAGACGCUGCCCAGCGGCGAGCGUAUCAUCAUCGAUCCGGCUGCCACAGUCGCCCGUAUCUACCUCUACUUCUACAUGAUGAUCAAUAUUGGUUCGCUCGUUGGUCAGAUUUCGAUGGUUUACGCUGAACGUUAUGUCGGUUUCUGGUUAUCUUACCUUUUGCCCACGGCCAUGUUCUGUCUCUGUCCUACAAUCUUGUUCCUCUGUCGCAAGAAGUACUACCUCGUGGAGCCCACUGGAAGUGUUUACACCAAGGCUUUCAAGCUGUGGAAGUUGGCCAUGACGGGCCACUGGUCUCUCAACCCCAUGCGACUUUUCAAGAAGAGUGGUCCCGAUAACUUCUGGACGAAAGUGAAGCCCAGCACCCUCGGUGCCAACAAGCCAGCCUGGAUGGAUUUUGACGACGAGUGGGUUGACGAAGUUCGCCGUGGAUUGCUGGCUUGCAAAGUGUUCCUCUGGUACCCUCUUUAUUGGCUGGCAUACAACCAGAUGCUCAACAAUUUGACUUCUCAAGCUGCCACCAUGCGCCUGGGAGGUGUACCCAACGACAUUAUCAACAAUCUGAAUCCUUUCGCACUGAUCAUUUUCAUCCCAAUCUUUGAUAGGUUUGUGUACCCUGGCUUGCGCCGCAUGGGAUUCAACUUCACUCCUGUGAAGCGUAUCACUGCCGGUUUCAUUACCGCCGGUCUGUCCAUGAUUGUGGCCACCGUCACUCAGUACUACGUCUACAAGAUGGGCCCUUGCGGCAAGGAAGCCAACUACUGUUUGGAGGAAGAGGGCAAAUUCACCAACAUCUCCGUCUGGAUUCAGGCCCUGACUUACAUUCUCGGUGGUAUCUCCGAAAUCUUUGCCUCGAUCACCUCCCUGGAGUACGCCUUCACCAAGGCGCCCCGCAACAUGCGAUCUCUGGUGCAGGCCGUGGCUCUGGUGAUGAACGCCUUCUCCUCUGCAAUCGGUCAAGCCCUCGUUGGACUGUCUGUGGAUCCUCUUUUGGUGUGGAACUACGCCAUCGUUGCGAUCUUGGCAUUUGUCGGUGCUGCCGGCUUCUGGCUGAGCAACUACAAGACCGACCGAGAGGAAGAUUCCCUGAACAUGUUGCCCAACAGCAACUACGAAGGACGUCAAGAGAGAGACGAGGAAGUCAAAUAA